AUGGAAUAUUUUCGUUACUAUCGUAGUUGGAUGUACGAUAGAACGUUACCAGGCAGACGUGGACUUACACCAAAUUUUGAGGAAGGAGUUAAGGGGUUUAUCACGUGGGCAUUUGCACAAGAAUGUUGUCGACGUGAAGGAGGAGUAAGAUGUCCUUGUCUUAAAUGUGAAUGUAGACCUAUAAUUAGUGACCCAGAGGAAGUAGAACGUCAUUUGAAGAUGAAGGGUUUCAUUGAAAAUUAUUGGGUUUGGACAUAUAAUGGAGAACAACUUCCGAGUAACGUACAUGCAAAGACAACUAAUACACACGCAUCAAGCAGUCGAUGA